AUGCAGGCCGUCCUCUCUAUCAGCGGCGCCGGCGACGGCGGCGACGCCGCAGACCUGCUGCUGGAGGUUGUCGGCCACGGCUUUGAAGGGGCCUCACCGCCUCUGCGGCUGGAUCUCCGCCCUGGCAAGUCGAAUGUGCGGUUGAUGGCGGUGGAGGCUCUGGGCCAGCUGUGCACGGUCAGCCCAGCAGCACGCACGCGGGCCCACGGCAACCAAGCAGCCGUCCGAGCAGCCGCGGCGGCGCUUGCCAGCGCAGACGCAGCCGCACCGCCGCCGGAAGAUGUUGCCUGCUUUCUAAAGUUUGUGGCGGGCGGCUUCUGGUCACGUGGCGUUGAAGAGUGCAACACGCCCUUCGCGACAGCGGCAGCGGCGGCGGCGGCGGCUGAGCGUGAGGCGGAGCUGCCAUUGCGCGAGGCGGUGGACGCUCUGCCCAGCCUGGUCCGUGUGGCCGUGCGGCUGCUGGCCGCAGCGCCCUCCACCAAGGCCGCGGUGUUUGUCUUGGAAUCCCUCGCCGUGGUCCUGGCGUCGCCCCCAUUCACGGAGCGUGCAGCAGGCCUGCUGGCGGCGGCAGGCGGCAUUGACCAGCUACGGCGCUGCCUGCUGAUGAGCGCCCGCGCAGCCGACGGCAGCGAGCACAUGAUGCUGCCCGCGCUGCCCUGA